AUGGCGGAGAGAAGUGGCACUUCGGAGAAAUCGAAGGAAAUCAUAGCAAAAAGUGAGUAUUUUUCGGGCAAACGCUCUUCAAGAGAUAGAAAGCCUUACGACAGGGAAAAUCUGAAAAGAGCUUUUGAUGCAACUUUGUCAGGCAUAAGGCAUCCUGAUCUGAAAAAUGUGCAGCCCCAGAAGCUAGACUUAUCAAGGCCAAGGGCCAAAGGUGCAUCUCAAGAAAAGAUUGAUAAUUAUUUCAAUGAACUUAGGGGUAUUUUGAGUGACAAUGGUCUUCUUAAUCACCCAGAAAGAAUCUUUAAUAUAGAUGAAACUGGUAUCAGCACACAGCAUACACCACCAAAUAUUGUAUGUGGUAGGGAGACGAAACCGCAAGCAGUGACAUCCCCUAAAUCAUCUAAUGUAACAAUAAUAGGUGGAGCAAAUGCGCUGGGUAACUUUGUACCGCCCUUCUAUGUAUUUCCGGGCAAACGCUGGAAUGAGAAGUUCAUUGAAGGCGCACCACAAGGCGCAGAUGGUGCAAUGUCAGACAGCGGGUGGUCAAAUUCAGAAAUUUUUGAAACGUAUGUCAUAGAACAUCUUGCAAAGCACGCUUCUCUGAAUACUUCUAUUGAUACACCUGCAACCUUGAUCCUUUAUGAUGGUCAUAGGUCCCACAUAUCAUUGACACUGACAGAAUGGGCUAAGAAGCGAAAUGUUGUACUGUUCGUAUUGCCGCCACAUACGAGUCACCUUACCCAACCCCUUGAUGUUGGUGUAUUCGGACCGUUGAAGUCCUAUUACUAUUCAGAAUGCCAGCAAUACCUACAGAAGAAUCCUGGUAUUUCUAUUACCAAAUAUGAAGUGGCUCAUUUAACUUCCAGACCCUACUUGAAAGCAUUUUGUCCGGAAAAUAUCAUAUCUGCAUUUAGAAAGUCUGGUAUUUAUCCGUUUGACGACAGAUGUAUUUCAGUGGAGGAUGCUGCACCUGCAUCUAUAUAUCCAAAAGAUCAGUCAGCAACUUGUGCUGUAAACGAUGAAGUCGAAGCACCAGAAGUUAUCAGAGAACCUGAAAAUUCUGGUGAUAACCGUGAGUCUAACUCUUCACAGUCGGCUGCAAAAGGUGUACCAUUACAUGUAUCUUCGUCUUUUUUUGACAGUAAAACUAUCACAUCAGUUAAACAAAGGCCAAAGAAGCAUUUUAAGCCACCAUACAUUUGUGGAAAUUUGUCUAAUGAAACAAAUAUGGGUAUUCUUCAGAAUCAGACCUCUUCAAGGAAGAACAAGCCAGUCAACGAAACUAAGAAAAGUACAAAAUGCAAAAAUGAUGGCCAAUCAAAGGUUAAGAAACAAAAAUCUCCACAACCAAGUACAUCUGGUACAUCAAAAUCUGGAGGUCCAAUCAACCUUGAGACACCAAUUUUUACUGAUGAGAGUGAUUCUGACUUUGAAGUCGAUGAUGGUGAUAAGUGUUGUGUAUGUAAUAUGUUGUCUCCAACUGAAUUAAAAGGAUGCACCAGUAUUACAUUUGUGAAAUGGGGCAAAUGUGAUUUUUGCCCACACUGGGUCCAUUUGAAGUACUGCACUGCAGUAAAGGUACUUAGAAGGGCAUCUAUUUUUAGAUGUCCUCAUUGUACCCUUGAGGAAUAA